AUGGCUUAUUAUGUAAAUAGUUCAAAUAUGGUUAUUCCAAUUGAAAUUGUAAAUGAAAUAAGUGAAGACGUGUUGAUAGGUGGUGAUGCUAAUAGUUUGGGUGCUAAUGAUGAGUCAGUAAGUAAUGAGGCGGAUGAUUAUUUGAAUGAAAUUGAACAAGAUAAUAAGGAUGAGAAUCAGAAGAUUAGUGAAAGUAAUGAGAAGCUUAAGAGCAGUAAUAAGAAAGGUAAAGAGCGAGCUGUUCGUAAAGUAGUUCACAACAUCAGGUCAUCUAUUUUUAAGAUAGAUAUUAAUAAUGAAAGUGAGUAA